AUGGCAGAGCCAGACCCGGAACCCAUGCCCUCUGGAGCGGGGCAGCGCCUCGGAGCCCCGGACACUGUUGGGAUCAGCACUCUGGAUCCCGGACUCAGGCCCCCGGCCAUGCCGCCAGGGCGACACAUCACCGUAAGGGUCCGCAUGCUGGACGAUACUGAGGAGCUCUUCGACGUCUCGACUUUCAGCGAACUGCAGAAACAGGAGAUAGUGAAGGUGAAAAGACUGUUCAUCAUGGAGCAUAAAGCAGGAGAAGAAGCAACACAUUUGGACGACAAGCGCCACUGCCCCGACCAGAAUGAGAUGAACAGAUUGAGAAGCGUGGAAAGCGGAGAUAGAGGCACGCAGAUAGAGCGGCAGUCACAGGGGAGCUGUUUAAUUUGUCUGAAUGCUAAAACUACCGUGCGGCACCGUGCCGUGCAGGAUGGAAGCAGGACGGAGAUAUGUGGGACGGAGAGCCUUGUGAGUGAAGCAGCAGAGAUUGAGGAAGAGGGGGUCGGGGUGUGUGUGAGAGAAGGAAAGGGCAAGAGAAAGCCUCAACUCAUGGGAGGGUAUCAAAGAGAGGAGGUGGGAGAGGAGGAGGAGGAGGAGAAGAAUGAGGAGGAGGAUGUGGUCGCUCCAAAGAAUCCAGAGGACACUAUUUUCAUGGUUGUCCUCUCACGCCUGGAGGCUGGCCAUGUUCAUUGGCUUAGUUUUAUGCUCAUAUUCAGCUUCACUGAUAUGCUCCUUAAUGGGCGCACAUGUAGCUUCCUCGUGGCCUUCCUCAUCAGCUUCUUCACCAUAUGGAAGCAGCUGGUCCUCAGUGGUGGGAUGCCCUUUGCUCUACAUGAAAACAACCUGGAGAGUGAGAGAAGUGCUGCAGAGAAAGAACAGACAUGGGAACCAGCACAAAAAGCCUCGGGCAAGGUGCUCUUUGACCUGGUGUGCUCCCACAUGAAUCUCAUCGAGGGCGACUACUUCGGCUUGGAGUUUCAGAACCACCAGAAGAUGGUGGUUUGGUUAGACCAUAUCAAACCCAUUAUCAAGCAGCUCAGACGUCCGAAACAUACCAUCCUGAGGUUUAGUGUGAAGUUUUUCCCCCCGGACCAUGCCCAGCUGCUGGAGGAGCUGACAAGGUACCUGUUUGCCCUCCAGAUCAAACAGGAUCUCUCCUGUGGACGUCUGACCUGCAACGACAGCAGCGCUGCUCUGAUGGUCUCCCACAUCAUCCAGUCUGAAAUUGGAGACUUUGAAGAAAGCCAUUGUCGGUCGCACCUUCUCAACAAUAACUACAUCCCAGAUCAGAUGCCUCUGAUUGACAAAAUCAUGGAGUUUCACUCAAAGCAUAUAGGUCAAACACCAGCAGAAUCAGAUUAUCAAUUGUUAGAAGUGGCUCGGAAACUGGAGAUGUAUGGGAUUCGGCUCCACCCUGCCAAGGAUCGGGAGGGCUCCAGGUUAAAUCUCGCCGUGGCACACACAGGUGUCCUGGUCUUCCAGGCACACACAAGAAUAAAUGCCUUCAACUGGUCUAAAAUUCGAAAGCUGAGCUUUAAGCGAAAACGUUUCCUCAUCAAGCUGAGACCAGACCUAAAUAGUUCAUAUCAGGACACUCUGGAGUUUCUGAUGGCCAGCAGGGAUUGCUGUAAAAUCUUCUGGAAGAUCUGUGUUGAGUAUCAUGCCUUCUUCCGCCUCUUUGAGGAACCCAAACCCAAGCCCAAGCCUGUGCUCUUCACACGAGGCUCCUCCUUCAGAUUCAGUGGUCGCACACAAAAGCAGGUGAUGGAUUAUGUGAAGGAGUCUGAGUUUAAGAAGAUCCCAUUCGAAAGGAAACACAGCCGAGUCCAGUUCAACAGCCGCCUGUCGCCUUUGCCUUCCCCACGCCACCAUGAAGUGACAGCUGAAAGUGGUGUUCCCGGCCACAGACUCAGUUCUCCACCACGGCGUCAUUGGAAGGAAUCUGUGCUGGUGACUGCAGAGGACCCAUCGGCUUCCAGGAUAACGAGGUUGAGCCCUUCCCACCAUAGGAAUGGGCAUGAAGACAGAACGGGGUCUGCCUCCGGGACAGAGGAGACGAGAGGCUCACCACGACAGACCCAUGCUGGGCAUCUGAGCACAGGUGAGGUUUCCUGCAGUCCUCACCUGCCUGCCUCUUCUGGACACUCACACGGGAUGGUGAAUGGUCAGAAGUCUCUGGAGCUGGGCAGUCACAGUCCAAAUUGCCGACAACCCUCCCCCCUCACCAGCCCCUUGCUCAACGACGCCUGCAGUGUGCGCACAGACGAUGAGGAUGAAGUCCGCAGGAAGAGAUUUCCAACAGAUAGAGCGUACUUCAUCGCCAAAGAGCUGCUGACCACAGAGAGGACGUAUCUAAAGGACCUGGAGGUGGUGACUGUGUCUUUCCAGAGCGCUGUGGGCCAAGAUGAGGCGACACCAGACGGCCUAAAGAACGUCAUCCUCUCCACCUUCGAGCCUCUGCAUAAGUUCCACACAGGCUUUCUCAGGGAGGUGGAGCAGAGGCUGGCUCUGUGGGAAGGACGGUCCAAUGCCCAUAUUAAAGGAGACUACCAACGCAUUGGAGAUGUCAUGCUGAAGAACCUUCAAGCCCUAAAGCCUCUGACAGCAAACCUGAACAAGCAGUCUGAAGUCCUGCUGGAGUUGGAAAAGGCCUGCAAGGCUUCCCGCAGGCUGGAGGUUCUGUGCCGGGACUUUGAGCUGCAAAAGGUCUGCUACAUCCCCCUGAACGUCUACAUCCUACGGCCUCUGCACCGCCUCAUUCACUACAAGCAGAUCCUGGAGCGCCUGUGCAAACACUACCCAGCUACUCAUGUGGACUUUAGAGACUGCAGAGCGGCCCUGGCGGAUGUGUCUGAGGUGGUGGACCAACUCCAGGGAAGCCUAAUCAAGAUGGAGAACCUCCAGAAGCUCCUGGAGCUGAAGAAGGAUUUGCUUGGCAUUGACAAUCUUGUUGUUCCCGGUCGGGAGUUCAUCAGGUUAGGCUGUCUCAGUAAACUGUCUGGAAAAGGCCUACAGCAACGAAUGUUUUUCCUGUUUAAUGACGUCAUUUUGUACACGAGUCGAGGGAUGACGCCAACCAAUCAGUUCAAAGUGCACGGGCAGCUGCCGCUCCGUGGCAUGACAAUCAGAGAGAGUGAGGAUGAGUGGGGCGUGCCUCACGCCUUCACUCUGGUUGGGCAGGGACAGUCGGUGGUGGUGGCAUCAAGUUCUGCAACCGAAAUGAAGAAGUGGAUGGAGGACAUCAAGAUGGCGAUAGAGAUGGCAACAACCAGCAAUGGGCCGUCAUCCGACGUGUUGACCAGCAACCUGACAGACAACAGUAAGUCGCAGCAUAAACUUACAGAAUUCCGGGAGGACUCCUCGGUGGAGGCAGAGUCCGAGGACGACAUGACAGCUUCCCACACCUCGCCGGAGAAGCCCGCUCCUCACCGUGGUAACACCAUGGUGCAUGUGUGCUGGCACAGGAACACCAGUGUGUCCAUGGUGGACUUUAGCAUAGCCGUGGAGAACCAGCUCUCUGGAAACUUGCUGAGGAAGUUCAAGAACAGCAACGGCUGGCAGAAGCUUUGGGUGGUCUUCACCAAUUUCAGCCUGUUUUUCUACAAGUCUCACCAGGAUGAUUAUCCUUUGGCCAGUCUUCCAUUACUGGGUUACUCGGUCACCACCCCCGACGAGAAUGAAAAUAUCCACAAGGACUACGUCUUCAAACUGCAUUUCAAGUCCCACAUCUACUAUUUCCGAUCAGAGAGUGAAUACACCUUUGAGAGAUGGAUGGAGGUAAUCCGCAGUGCUACGGCCCCAUCAAGUUACUCCCGCGUCCUUAACAAUAAAGAGCCCCACCAUCACUGA